ACCCUGCGCUGCCACCUGCCCCAGCUGGCUGCCCGGGUCCGGCUCUGCCAGGAAGAACGAUUCAUCUCCUGCAUGUACAAGCACCAGGUACAGAACACGGCUGAGUUCUCCUUUGUUAGCACAAGUAAGGAACAUGCGGGGACUUAUCGGUGCCAGUACCAGGUGUCAGAAGAAUGGGGGGCAUGGCAGAAGACUGACCCCGUGGAGCUGGUUGUGACAGAUUCCGACUUACCCCCACCUGCCGUUUCCCUGCGCCAGGAGGGAUGUGUGGAGAUGGGGACCAACGUCACCCUCUGUGUGGAGACAAGGACCAAUGUCACCAUCCAGUGCAGGAACAAGGAUAAAGGGACCUCCUUCCUCCUGCACAAGGAUGGGUGCUCAGCCCCU